AUGAAUCAAAAGGUGGCGCGUUUCAAUGGGUGUUAUAAACGAGUACAACAAGCACAUCACAGUGGUUGGUCUGAUGAGCAAAUUCUUGAGAAUGCACAUCAAUUGUACAAAUCUGAAAAUAACAACUCAAAUUUUCUGCUUGUGGACUGUUGGAGAUUGCUAAAGGAUGAGCCGAAAUGGAAUACAAUGUACCAACCAAAAGGUGGUAAGAGAACAAAGGUGUCAGAUAUAGGGGCAUUUACUUCUUCUUCCACUGCAGACAUCAGUGAUGAUGAAGUACGUGAAGUACGCCCUGCUGGCCAAAAGGCAGCAAAGAGAAAAGGGAAGGAAAAAAAAGACACACAUGCUAGAUUUAUAGAGAUUAGUGAACGGAAAGCAUCUGCAUUGGAGAAAUUGGAGGCGAUAAAGGAGAAAGAGGCGACGAUAAAGGAGAAAGAGACAGAAGAUAAUAGGAUGACAAAAUACAUUGAUUAUCUCAUCAUGGACACGUCGCAUAUGACUCCUGAACAAAAGAAAGAUCAUGAAAACUUUUCAACAAUGGAUUCGCCAAAUUCUCCGAAUCCAUACGACAAUAUAAGUCUAGAGGAUAUCAUAAUUGCAGAGUGUACUGACGAUCAUAAUGAUCAAUAUUUCAAAGCGCUCAUGGAUGGGGGUAGCUCAACAAGACAAGGAAGAAAGAGAGCCCACAUUGAUAGAGGUCAUGUAGAAGGACACCAACGUUUGUUCGAUGACUACUUUUCUAAUGAACCAGUGUAUACAGAAUAUCAAUUUCGAAGAAGAUUUAGAAUGCGUAGACAUGUAUUCCUAUGCAUAGUGCAAGCUCUAGAAAAUCAUUCAGAGUAUUUCCAUACGAGGUUUGAUGCAAUCGGUAGAAGGGGGCUUUCGCCAUUACAGAAGUGCAGCGCUGCUAUGCGAAUGUUGGCAUAUGGAGCGCCUGCCGAUUAUGUUGAUGAGUAUGUUCAAAUUGGUGAAACUACCGCUAUUGAAUGUCUAGUCAGUUUCGUUCGAGGAGUGAAUGAUAUUUUUGGGACCGAAUAUUUAAGACGGCCCAAUGCUGGGGACAUUCGUCGCUUACUUCAAAUGGGGGAGGUGUGUGGUUUUCCAGGCAUGUUGGGAAGCAUUGAUUGUAUGCACUGGGAAUGGAAAAAUUGCCCAGUUGCAUGGAAAGGUCAAUUCACGCGAGGUGAUCACAGCAGACCAACAAUCAUGCUCGAAGCAGUUGCGUCACAAGAUCUUUGGAUAUGGCAUGCAUUUUUUGGUGUUCCAGGAUCCAAUAAUGAUCUCAACGUGUUAAAUCAAUCCCCAAUAUUCACUGAUAUCUUACAAGGGCAAGCUCCGACAGUUGAGUUUACGAUAAAUGGCACACAAUACAACAAGGGGUAUUAUCUAGCAGAUGGUAUCUAUCCAGAGUGGGGUACAUUUGUUAAAACUAUCCUACUUCCUCAAGGAGAGAAAAGAAAAUUAUUUGCCUGA